CUAUGUGUUGUAUUACUAACACAACAAAGCAGGAUAGGAUGUACCUGCGAGUUUAAACCACUACAGUUGUUUUCUUCCUAUCGCAUUUCUAUUUGUAAAGUGUAAUGUGUAAUAUUCGUAGUCAGUUUGAUUCUAGCCUUUGGUGAGUAAUGUUUAGUGUUUUCGCAAGUCAAUUUGCUUUGAAAUUCUAUUGAGUUUGAUGACUAUUUAUGAGAAUUUAGCCAGUUCGCGUUGAUGUGCUCCUAUUUACUGUAGAUAGUGAUUGUAAUGCGCGUACAUUUCGAUAAAACGAAGAUUUAGUGACUUUAUUUUACGAAUUCUAGAUGUCAAAUUCGAACGGUAUGGACCAAGAAAGUACUUCUUUCACGGGUACUCCGAAUAUCUCCUACUUGAACAGCAGCAUAAAUGCUGCCAAAACUCAAACGCAAUACAUAUCCUCCGAUCUCAAAAAACUCUUCGCGGAACGGGAAUCUUUCUCGUUGAAUUUCCACAAAUAUCAGAAAACUAAAGAUGAUUUGAAAAACAUAGAAACCAUGGCACAGUAUCAAACACCGAAUUAUAUAGCUGCAAUGGUACCAAAAUUAAGAGAAAAUAAAGAGCAAUUAGAAAUGAUGCUACAACAAAAUGAAAGGACGGUAAAACAGUACCUAGAUCACAUCACAGAGGAACUAAAAACUACCUAUUUGAACGUUUACAAUUUAAUUCAUCGAGUACUGAACACAGAACUGGUAUCUUGGAAACGAAAACAGCAGCUACACGGAAUUGGAGGCGAUUUCGAUCCUGCACAUUUGGAUACCAUGCAAUAUUGGUGUGAGAGCUUGGCCGAAAUAUCUUGCGUUAAUCAGAACCAAUACAAACAGAUGAAGCGAUUUAUCAGCGAAACGAAAAUCGCUACUAAUGAUGUUAUAGAAUUGAAUGGAAAGUUCACUGAACUUUUAUGUUCUUUAGUUACGAACACGUUUGUGAUAGUAAAACAGCCUCCUCAGGUUAUGAAAACCAACACCAAGUUUUCAGUCAAGGUGCGUUUAUUGGUUGCCGGAAAGCUGAAUUUGUAUAAGAAUCUUCCUCAGGUCAGAGUCUCCAUCAUCAGUGAACAACAAGCCAACAUGCUGCUUUCUGAAAACAAAUUUAAAGGCGAUGUCAGCGGUGAAAUAUUGAACAAUACUGGAACAAUGGAAUACGAACCAGCCACACAACAAUUAUCAAUUACGUUUCGAAAUUUGCAAUUGAAAAAAAUCAAACGAGCGGAAAAGAAAGGUUCAGAGUCAGUGAUAGACGAAAAAUUCACGCUCUUGUUCAACUCAAAACUCAAGCUGGGAGACGGAAUCGAUGUUCACGUGUAUACCUUAUCGUUACCUGUAACUGUGAUUGUCCACGGUAACCAAGAACCUCAUGCUUGGGCCACCAUUACUUGGGACAAUGCUUUCGCCGAAGCUGCUCGUAAACCAUUCAUUGUACCUGAUAAAGUUAGCUGGAGUAAAGCAAAAGCUGCCCUGAACAUGAAGUUUGCAUCAGUGACCGGUAAAGGCUUAUCCGAAGAUAAUCUCAAGUACUUGGCUGAAAAAUUAUUCGGAGUUAAAAGAGAUGAUUUUGAUUACGAUUCGAUGGCACUCUCCUGGUCACAAUUCUGUAAAGAAAAUUUACCAGGCAGAAACUUCACGUUCUGGGAUUGGUUUUACGCCAUCAUGAAAGUGACCAGAGAUCAUUUAAAAACAUUAUGGGUCGAUGGUACGAUUCAUGGAUUUGUAAGUAGAGAUAAAGCCAAAGAAAUGGUUAGCAUGUGUCCAAAUGGGACAUUCUUACUAAGAUUUUCCGAUUCCGAAUUAGGCGGUAUUACUAUCGCUUGGGUCGCAUCAGUUAAUGGCGAACAAAAACAAUUCACAAUGGUGCAUCCCUUCACAUCCAAAGAUUUCGCAGUCCGUACGUUGCCCGAUACAUUGAACGAUUUAGCUGACUUGGUUUAUUUAUAUCCGAAUAUACCUAAGGAGGAAGCAUUUGGAAAAUAUUAUUCACCGUUUAAUGGUUCACCAAGUCCCUCCACCAAUGGCUAUGUGAUACCUACAUUGAUAACUCAUCUACCCGGUUUUAGUCAACCGAUGAGCAUACACAGCGCUCCACAAACACCACAAUCAAUGUUCCAACCGAACUCUCCCAUCGGAUCCAUCAUCGGUUCUGCGCUAAAUCAUAAUAGGUAUUGAGACGUAAAAAUAAGUGCUUGCAUAGUGUCAGCGACGUAAAUGGCUCUGAAGAUUUCAACUCCUUAAUGGAUCACAGUAUGGAUUUCUCCUCGUAUAAUGAAAUGGGAUUCAAUGGUAUGCAAUAGACCCGACAUCGACUUGUGAAUGUAUUUUGUACAAUUUUUUAAAUUAAGUAUUAUUAUUUUUAAACGUUUCAAAAUCAUAAUACAAAUUCAGGAUUCGAAAUAUGUACAUAUGUACUAUCAAGAACUAGAAAACUAGAAACGAAUUAUCGAAUUUAAAAAAGCAUUCUCAAUAGGGCCAUGAAAGCUCGUUUAUAUCAAUAUUAACACAUUGUUUUUGACGCUCUGAUUAUAUGUUUUUUGCAUUUAAUUAUAAGUAAGGUCAUUUUAGCAUUUACCUACUUUUUGUUUUUUUUCUUCUCUAUUUCAUUUUUCUGUUAGCAUAUUAUGUAUUAAGAUAAUUUUAUAAGUCGUGACUCGUGUGUGAUGGAAGGAGAUGUUUACAAAUUUAUCAUGGUGCUUUUUUUGCGAAUUUUACGUAGGUAUUAAGAAUUUUUGUAUGAUCACAAAAUUAUUACUUAGGUACCUAAUCUAUAAUAUGAACCAUAAGUUCUUUUUAGAAAUAAAUUCGUAUGUUUUCA